AUGCGUUUUGGUCCAGCGUGGCAGCAUCGCCCCGGUAAACGCAUGGAACCGAAUGGCGGUGGUGGUGACGAAUGCUUGGCUCGAGUACCAUAUGCUUCGGUCAUCGCAGCAUUGAUGUGCGGGAUUGGGGUGGUGCUGUUCUCGUUGAUGAUGGCUUGGGCUUUCAAUGCAUCGAUGCAAAUUCUGUUUGUGGUGGUUGCAGUACUGAUGGCAAUAGCUGCACUGAUAUUACUAGUUAUUGGUGCCCUAAGCACUGGCUCAACUAGGAAAGAGCUUUACAGGUUUUCAUCUGUCUUUUUUUUUAUUUUUAUUUUUGGUUUGAUUUUCGUCCCAUUGUUUUAAGA